UACCCAAAAGCCAUGUCCCCGUAGGAUGUUAUAUUUAUUUGUCAAAAAUAAACCCUCAAGUCUCCUAUGACAUCACGGGCACCGUCACAAGGCAAGAUGGAGGGGCACUGGGUGCUGAGGGCAACAGGCCCCAGCUUAGUGAGGAACUCCCAAGACCAGCCCAGAUUGCGGCUGCAAGUUGAGAGGAGAAAAACUGGGCCGUCUUAUGGGACCGUGGCAUCCUUUGCCCUCUGCUCACGGUGCUUUCUGCAUGUAGCUGCCACCAUGGCGGAGCGAGGGAGAAGGCUUCUCUUACUGGAACAGAGGAAUCAGAACCUGAUGGAAAAGAUCAGAUCCCUUCAGAAGGCCAACGCAAACUUGCGGCAAAUGAAUUCAAGGCUAAGGGAGGAAAAUGAAGUUUUCAAGUCAACAGAAGAAAUCUUACUUAGAGACAACGACAAGAUCAAGAAGAAAGUUCACCAGCUGAAGGAGCUUCAGGAAUCUCUGCAAGACGAUAUUUAUGUUCUCGAAGAGCAGCUGUGUACGUUCCUGUACUUGCCAAGGGGAAAGCAAAAGACAAGAAAACACCGAGCCACUGAGCCUGUGACGAGGUCAGAGCCAACGGAGAGAUUGACCCCAGCUCUUUGCCACUGUGGGAUGCAAACAGAAGCUUCCGGAAUAAACUCUUGUCUUCUGUUUGUGAUUUUUGGAUUAGGAAGGGUGACUCUGAAGUUCUGAUGUGUAAGGCUAGCCUUCUGAAGGAGGCGUGGGCAGUUUGCCCAAUUGGAAGCGGAGCUCGCUG